AUGUCUCAUCGUAAAUUCGAGGCUCCUCGCCACGGCAGUUUGGCAUUCUUGCCGAGAAAGCGUGCCGCGAGACACCGGGGCAAGGUGAAGAGCUUCCCCAAGGAUGACCCCAAGAAGGCCGUCCACCUCACCGCGGCCAUGGGCUACAAGGCGGGCAUGACCACCAUCGUGCGCGACCUUGACCGGCCCGGUGCGAAGAAUCACAAGAAGGAGAUCGUCGAAGCCUGCACGGUCAUCGAAACUCCUCCGAUGAUUGUCGUUGGCUUGGUUGGCUAUAUCGAGACUCCCCGCGGCCUGCGUUCAUUGAAGACUGUCUGGGCUGAGCAUCUGUCCGACGAGCUCAAGCGUCGCUUCUACAAGAACUGGUACAAGAGCAAGAAGAAGGCUUUCACCAAGUACGCCAAGAAGCACGCCGACGAGAGCGGCAAGAACAUCACCCAAGACCUCGAGCGCAUCAAGAAGUACUGCACUGUCGUCCGUGUCCUCGCCCACACGCAGAUUAGCAAGACGCCGCUCAAGCAGAAGAAGGCGCAUUUGAUGGAGAUCCAGGUCAACGGCGGUUCGCUCAGCGACAAGGUCGACUAUGCGCACGGUCUCUUUGAGAAGCCGGUCGAGAUCGACAACGUCUUCGAGCAGGACGAGAUGAUCGACUGUAUCGCUGUCACUAAGGGCCAUGGGUACCAGGGUGUGACGAGCAGAUGGGGCACGAAGAAGCUGCCGCGCAAGACACACAAGGGUCUGCGCAAGGUCGCUUGUAUCGGCGCCUGGCAUCCGUCUCACGUCCAGUGGACUGUCGCCCGUGCCGGUCAGAUGGGUUACCAUCAUCGUACUUCUGUCAACCACAAAAUCUACCGUGUUGGCAAGGGCAGUGACGAAGGCAAUGCUAGCACUGACUUUGAUGUCAGCAAGAAGAAGAUCACGCCUAUGGGCGGCUUCGUCCGCUACGGCGAGGUCAACAACGACUUCAUCCUUCUCAAGGGCUCCGUGCCCGGCGUAAAGAAGCGGGUCAUGACGCUGCGCAAGUCCAUGUUCGUCCACACCAAGCGCAGUGCGCUCGAGAAGGUUGAGCUCAAGUGGAUCGACACCUCCAGCAAGUUCGGUCACGGCGCGUACCAGACGCCGGCGGAGAAGAGGCAAUUCCUGGGCACGCUCAAGAAGGAUCUUGUCGCAUCAUCGUAG